AUGAAUAUAACAGUGGAAAAAUAUAAACAAUUAGUUCCGACUUCAAAAUCUAAACGUGGUUUAUUGAAUCCUAUUGGAACAUUCAUUAAAGCAAUAACUGGCAAUCUUGAUAAUGAAGAUGCUAUCAGAUAUGAAGAUUUAAUUAAUAAAUUAAAAACUAGACAGGACGCUAUUAGUAAUAAAAUAACCAUAGUUUCCGAAAUGAUGAGUACUGUAACAAAAAUUAUUAAUGUAACAAGGAAUAAUUUCAUUCAAAUUAAAGAACGUUUUGAGGACAUAGAUCUCAGGUUAAACAAUUCUAAAAUGUUACAAAUGAGUAAUGAAAUUAUUCAUUUUUAUAAUAUUUUUACCCAUAACUUUCAAACUAUUUACUCAAGACUAAAUGAAAUUGAAACAGCUCUCGCUUUUGCUAGGAUUAAAAUAUUACAUCAAUCUAUUAUUGAUACUAAGGAAUUACUGUCAAUUUUAAAAGAAAUAGAAUCUAUGUAUAAUUUAGUAUUUCCAGUGAAUAUUGAAAAUAUUGUAAAAAUUGAACUGAAUAUUGAGAUGGAAGCGUAUAUCAAACAAAAUCAGAUAAAGUUUAUUAUGCACAUACCCUUAAUUAAAAAUGAACUUUAUAAUUAUUAUAAAUUAAUACCUUUACCAGUGCAUAGUUAUAGUAAUAAUAUAUCUAACAUUAUCCUUCCUAAGUAUCCCUAUGUCCUAGUGAAAGGGUUGAAAGUCGAGCCGCUCUCACAACCAUGCCAAGAAAUAGAUGAAAACCGAUUUUUAUGUCCUGAAUUUGAAACUACACUGGUAUUGAAGGACGAAUGUAUUACUACACUAAUGAAUUUUUCCCCCAACACAUCUUCAUGUCGUCCUGUGCCCGUUUUAAUCGAAGAUGUCAAGAUUUAUUUAGUACAACAAAAUCAUUGGAUAAUAUUUUCGAGAAUAGAAACCAUUAUAUCUAAAACGUGUGACAACGACGUUUCACAUGAGCCAUUAAUGGGCACUUACCUGUUAACCCUAGAUGAUGAUUGUUCGAUAAGAAUCAAGGAUUUCAACUUAAAAAGAAACGAACACCAGGGAAACGAUAUCGCGUUUACCCGAUUCCCAAUUGUAAACCUACCGUUAAUCUCCAGCGAAAUUAAGUCACAGAACAAGCGUCUGAAUUUAGAUGGAAUCGACCUUGCAGACGUUCAACUCUUAAACCUUUUGGUGAAAAAUAGUGUUCCUACAAGUGUUAGUGAAAGUGAAUUAAAUCAAUGGUUCUUUGGUAUAAUUAAUAUAGUAAUAAGUUUUUUACUCAUGACAUGUGUCAUUUUAUUAGCAUUUAAAAAUAUAAUUAAGAAAAUUAUGUUUCAACCUAAACAGAAUAUUCGAGAUCAUCCAAACCCUGAGGAUAAUCUCGAUUCUAAGGAGAGAGGAGUUAUACAGUCACAAGACAUAUUUCCUAAUCUUUAA